AUGUUAACUUCCCUCCCUUCCUUCUCGCGGUUGAACCAACUUGCUGGACCUGAUCCUCAACAACAGCAGCAACAGCAAUACCAACAGCAACAGCAGAUACAAGGAUACCCAGGACAAGGACAACAACCUCUGUAUCCUCAAUUGCCAGGUUUACCAAACCAACCUCAAAUACAACAGUAUGGAUAUCAGCCUUCUUCUUUACCUCUUCAACCCUACACUGUACCAUCUGGACCAUCUUAUAUCCCUCCUUCAAAUGCCAUUGGACCAUACAACCCGCAGUCCAGCUCGUUAUAUGUUCAACAGCAACAACAGGCUAAUGGAUAUAGGUAUCCUGUACCUACCUCUGGAAUACAAUCUUCUCAAACUCAAUUAUCACCUCAACCUUUAGAAAGCGUAGGGAAAGAUGAAGAUCCCAUAUAUGGACCGCUGGGCAGGGCGAGAAACAAGAUUGAUAGAGCUCUGACGGGAGAUAAUGAAAUUAGCACGGAUCUGGCGGAUGGAAUCAAUCAUCCAUUACAAUCUUCUGAACCAUAUAUACAUCCACCAAGUAAUGCAGCAGCCUUUAAAUCCGCUAAAGUGACUAAGAGAACACCUUUACCAGAUGCCUUGCACCAAGAGUUGAACUACAAACAUCUGACCGCUAAGAUGGGUCUGUUUGAGGAUAUAGAGAGAGCUUGGUUCACAGUGGAUAAUAAGUUGUUUUUAUGGGAUUACAGUGAUGGUCGCGACUUCAGCAGAUAUGAUGAACAGAACGAUACCAUCCAAGCUGUCGGACUAGUCAGAGCUAGGAAAGACGUGUUUGUCGAUGAGAUUACCCAUGUCUUGAUAAUCUGUACUUCCUCCAAAACAACCUUACUUGGUUUGUCCAGACCACCCAAUUCUCGAGAGAUCAAUCUGUACGCUACCAACUUAUCGGUUGAGACUCCAACAGCGAUGAUAGAUAUCAAAGGUACUGCAGCUGGUCGAAUCUUCAUGUUAGGGGCAAACAAAGAUGUAUACGAAUUAGAUUAUUCAUCAGAUAGUUCAUGGUUCUUUGGAAGUUCGACUAAAGUAGGAUUGCAUAAUAGGAGUAGUGGUAGUUUGGCGAAUUGGACACCCGGCUUCUUGGCUUCUAAGACGAAAGAAGGUAUCGAAUCUUUCGCUCUGGACAGCCAACAAGGACGAUUAUACACCUUACACACUGCUGGUGAAAUUGAAUUCAUCGAUGUUUCUGGUACUAAUUACCAGAGCAGGGCUAGAUAUACCAAAUUGAAACACGAUUUGAACAGGAAUCAACAAAAUGGGAAUAUAACUGUAACAUCUCUAGCCGUUGUAGGGGGUCAUGAGAGUAAGAGAGCCUGUUUGGUUGCUAUAGCUUCCAACGGAUAUCGAGUCUAUUUCUCCUCUUCACCUUCAUUCUGGCCAAUCUGUUUUCGAGCUCCUAUCCCAUCUCAAGCUAAUCUUCCCGUAUCCUCUCAAUCAUUUUAUUCGUCUGGUACAUUCAUUUCUGUCCAGCAUGAUAAUACAGCACCAAUGCCUCAAACCCAGUUAUCCAUCGCGGUGCCUCAUUGCGGCAGACAAUCGUCUCUAAGGGAAAAUUUAGAAUCAUAUGAGUCUCCCGCAUUCCAAGAAUGGACAACGACCGAAAUCAUCCCUAGUCAAGUAUGGACCAUUGUCGAACUUCCUCUUACCAACCCCGCAUUCUCCCCGCCAAGCUUGACAAAUCCAAAUGGUAUUGCACUUUCCGCAUUGCCGAGACAAGCUACCACUCAAUCUAGGGAGUUCUUGGUGUUGGCGACAAGUGGUUUGUUCUGGAUCAGUCAGCCUAGACCUAUCGAUAUGUUAAGGGAUGAUCUGGAUCUGGAGAAAGACGCAGCUAUAAAUACCGUCCGAUUGCAAUUCGGUAAAUCACAAUUAGCUGCUAUGUCAUUACAGCUGGGAGCUACGAACGAUCUGAAAGCCGUUGACUUGGCUUCCACAAUUUCAACCAUACUGAUCACUUCGGGCGAACCCAUAAUCAAGGAUGGUGCAGGUGGAAAGAAUAUCACGUAUUCUGGAAGACACGAUGGUCUGGCUUUGAUCAUUGCAAGAUACCUCAGACCCAUCUGGAAUGUGAAAGUCACUGUGCCUGCUGGUGUACCUGGACGACAGAUUCUGGCUGUCACCGAAGCUACUUUGUUAGCUGUUCAAGGGAGAUUGGAGAAAUUGAGAAGAUAUCUUGACGAACAUCCCUUCCAGCGGUACCAAGCUGAAGGUGACGCUAAGAUCGCAUGGGAUCAGGAAGAUAUGUCAAUCCACGGCUUGGAAGUAUUGUUGAAACAGGCCGUAGAAGCUAUUUCAUUUGUACUGCUGCUAUCAGAUUACAAGAUAUCAGAUAUCAUCCUUCGAACCGAUCCUCAAACACAGCAGACGUUGUCCAACUUGACUUUCCAAGGUCUCUUGACCAGUCUUGACGGAAAGGAUGUAGCUAGGAAGUUGGUCACUGCUUUGAUCGAGCAACAGAUCGGUCAAGAGCUAGGUAUCGAUACCCUGAGCGAAAUCUUACAGCAACGAUGUGGGACCUUCUGUCAACCUGGAGAUGUAGUCAUGUACAAGGCUGAAGAAUCCAUGCGACGCGCGGAGGGUGCCCGAGAUUUCGGAGAGAAGAACGAAUCUCUUGCUGAAUCGUUACGUUUGUUCACGAGGACGGCUGGGUCGAUACCUAUUCCUAGACUGCAAGAGGUUUCCAAGCGGUAUAGAAAUAUGCAGUAUACAGUUGGUGCAAUCGAACUGCCGUUGAAGACUGCUGUCGAACUUGAUCCAAACGAUAAAGCUGUAGAUUACGUACGCGAUGGUGAACAUCCUGCUGAUCCUCGUAAAGCAUUGUUCGAAGCCAGAAAACAAUGUUAUGAGAUGGUCAUAGAAGCUUUGGGGAUGUUCGAUGAGUUGUUGGACAAAGCUACCGCUCAGGGGAAUGCCUCGAGCGCGACUCAGAAACGAGACGAAGCCUAUGCACUCGCCAUCGCAUCUGAUGACGAGUUGUUCCAUUUCUAUCUGUAUGACUGGCAUGUCGACCGGGGGUUACAAGAGCAAUUGUUGGAGUUUGAUACACCUUACAUCGAACAAUACCUGAAACUCACCAUCAACAAUGUCGAAGAUCGACGAGACCUGCUAUGGAAGUUUUAUGCCAGACGAGAAGAUUAUCUACCUGCUGCAGAAGCUUUGUCAAGUCUUGCCACUCGACCCAGUCCAAUGGUAUUGCACGAUCGACUGUAUUACAUCGCGCAAGCUUUGACUUCUGCUAAAUCAGCUGCCUCUCUCGGAUCGGAAGAUGUAGAGUUUACAUCCAGAUUACAAGAACAGAUCGAUGUUGCUCAAGUUCAAAUGGAAGUUGCCCGUGCGGUCGAAACUCACCCUGAUAUGAGUGCAGAUGAGAAGAAUGACGUUUUGGCUAAACUCAAUACAGAUCUGUUACAACUUGAUGAGUUAUAUCAGAAUUUCGCUCGACCUCUAAGGUUGUACGAACCUAUCUUGUUGAUUCUCAAAACUGCGGAUACGAGGAUAGACGACGUCUGCGAAGCUGUUUGGAGACAGUUGAUUGGUUCUUAUAGACUGGCUGGGAAUGUAGCGAUGUCUGAUGCGAUCGUUGGAUUUACCAGGAGAUAUUUCCCUUCGGAAGCUGCUCCGUUAGAUAUUAUGAUACCUGUCGUAUACGCUGAGGCUCAGGGUUGUCAAGGGGGACAGGCAGGAUGGGCAUCAUCUGCCUUGCUUGAGGGUGGUGUACCGUUGAGAGAUUUAUGGGAGGCUGCCGUGGGAUUGUAUGAGAAUUCCGACGACGAUGAGAGGGAUUACUAUGCUGAAGAAGUAUCGGUGAUCGCUUCGAGGUGGAUAAACAAGAAAGAUGAGAUCCCAGCUGCAGAGGUCGAACGAUUCGCAUCUGCAUAUUUGUUACGGACGAACGGAGCUCCAAUGAAUGAAGCAAAGAGAGAUACGAGGGAUAGACUGACGGCUGCUAAACAGGCUGCUGUGAGAUAUUGA